AUGUCUAUGUCGGAGCACUCUGAGCCGACUCGCGAUGUGCGCGUGAUUUCGGUGGAGCAGUUUCACAAAACGAAGCUGUGCCCGCACAUGAACAAGCCGGAAGGCUGCCUGAGAAGCAUGCGCUCUCAUUGCCCGUACGCUCACAGCGCGGAUGAGCUGAAGGAGCCUCCGAACUUGAUCAAGACUGCAAUGUGCAAGCUCCACCUCAAGGGGAACUGUGAUAAGACGAGCGAGGAGUGCCCCUAUGCACAUUCCUUCGACGAGCUGCGGCACACCGACGGCUUCUACAAGACGUUCAUCUGCAAGUUCUGGGAGAAGGGCUACUGCAAGGCGGGGUCGAUGUGCCGCUAUGCGCACGGCACUCAGGAGCUUCGGCGCGUGUCUUCGGACGUCGGCCACCUGCGGUCCCGGGACAUCGAUGCCAUGGACCGCAUGACAUCCCGCGUCACCUCGUUGGGUGAGCACGCUGUCGCGCAUAUGGACACCACCGAGCGUAAUUGCACUGCGCCCACCAGCACGUCGGCGUACAGUUUCAACCGCACCCUGCCGUCACCGCUGUUUGUAUACCCGGUGUACGGGGACGUGACCGCCUACUCCACGACCCCGACCGCCAGCGGGAUUCAGCAGUGGGUGCCCAGCACGGAGUCGUCCAUCGCCAAGGAACAAGACGAGGCUUUCUACCUCAUGCACUACUACCUGCAGAAGUACAUUGAAUGCAGCUCGAAGCAGCAGUCGUACCUGCAGCAGCAGCGCUAUCAACAGCAGGGCUACAUGGCAGAGAGCUUUCACAAAAGUUAA